UAAUUCAAUAGGCGUGUAACAGUCUAACAGUUUCUUGCAUUAACCGAGAAAAUGAAUUUUCAAAUAAUUUUCCUUGUACUAAUUUCUGUAUUCACAGCAGCAGUUUCCGCUGAAGUUAUCUGUGGUCCUGAUGACGCUCUUUUGUCGAAUCCCGUUGAUUGUGGUUCGUUUUACCUAUGUUCGAACGGAGUGCCUUACCUUCAACAAUGUGCACCAACGCAUGGCGUGGCAUUGGUUUUCGACCCGAAUUUGAACCUAUGCGUUUGGGCGACUGAUUAUGAUUGUACGGAAUCAGAGACAACAACAAACUCUCCAGCAUCGACAAUGGAACCUUCUGAAUCAACAAAGGAACCUGCUGAAUCAACAAUGGAACCUUCUGAAUCAACAAAGGAACCUUCUGAAUCAACAAAGGAACCUUCUGAAUCAACAAAGGAACCUUCAGAGCCAACACCAUCAGAACCUCCUUGCCAUGAAAUCAGUCACCCUACUACUUGUCAGGGAUCGCCGCAUAAUUGUUCAUUCUGCUUCGAUACGUAUUUCAGUGAUGGAACUGUCGAUAUGCCUCGUUGCGAUACGUACAAUAAUUUACUUGAGGGUGGAUGCCACUCCUUUGAUGUCAAUCGAACCGAAUAUGAUUCUGUUGUGGUUACAAAUCCUAACUGUACUACUUGGUUGCCGGUAGAGCCUGGUAGAAAGAGAAAUAUUUCGGUAACAUUCAGCUUGGAGAAGCAUCCGUUAGACUUGUAUUACUUGAUGGAUUUCUCCGGAUCAAUGGCCGAUGACAAGGCGAAUGUUGUGAAGCUUAGUUCAAGCUUACUUGAAUUACUUGCUAACCUGACUGAUGAUUUUCGGAUUGGAUUCGGAACUUUUGUUGACAAGCCGAUACUUCCAUUUGGUGGACCUGAAGAUUACAGCUUCCGCAACGAUUUUCCUAUAACAUCUGAAACAGCUGGUUUGGUACAAAAAAUCAAUGACUUGCCGAUAUUGGGUGGUAAAGACGGUCCUGAGUCUCAUGCUGAUGCUUUAGCUCAAGUAAUAGAAUGUGCCGAACAAAUUGGUUGGAGAAGCAACAGUAGACGCGUUGUUCUGUUAGCUACGGAUAUUGAUUUCCAUAUUGCGGGUGAUGGCCGAGCAGCAAAUAUAACAGCUCCAUACGUAGAAGGAUGUUACAUGGAUUCCUUUGGUUCAUAUACUGAAGAGCUAACAAUGGACUAUCCCUCUAUAGAGCAGCUCGCAAACGCUUAUUCCAAAAACCAAGCAACAACAACUGCCAUUUUCGCAACCAGUUCCAAAACAGUAACGUUCUACGAGCAAGUCGCUUCACAAUUCAAAUCCGCAUACGUUGGCGCUCUGAACAGUGACUCAUCGAACGUUCUCGAGUUGAUAAGGAAUGAAUUUGCGAAAAUUGAGUCACGCAUGGAAAUCGAAAAAAGCGACACAAGUGAAUCGGUUUCGUUCAAAUACUUUUCGAAUUGCAUGCGUUCGGAUGAUGAACGUGAGACGACCGUUUGCGAACAUUUGCCGAAUUCGGGUGAUGUGACGUUCGUUGUGGAAAUCGAUUUGGCUGAGUGCCCGAAGGACGGAGAUGAAACUGGUAUGAUGUUUGACCUGAAUCCGGUCGGGCUGCCCAUUUUUAUUGAAGUGGAAUUAAGUUAUCUGUGCGAUUAACUUAUUGUCGAUGAACAAGCAUUACAAUAAAAUUAAUAUUCAAAAACAG